AUGAGUACUUCAAAUCAAAAACAAUGUUUAAAUCGAGAAUAUUAUUUAUGUAUGGAAAAAUAUUUUCAACGUCCAACGAAUCUUCUUCAACGAGUUUAUGAAAAACAGGUUGUACUUGAAAAUAUUUUUACUCGAGGUAUUACAGCAUAUGGAACUGUGCGUGUUAACAAUCAUGGUAAUACUGACUCAUUUCAAUUUAAAUUAACUGUACCAAAAGAUAAAUUAUCCAUAUUAUCUUCACAAAAUUCUACAUCACCAAUGUAUGUUUUAUUUGCUAUUUGUUAUGCUGUUGAAGGAGAAGAAUUUUGGGAUAAUAAUUAUUCUUGGAAUUACAGACUUGAAAUAGUAGAAAAACAAAUUGCACAAGAUUAUCAAGCAAUUUCUAAUGAAUUUCGACAAGUAGGAAAUAUAUGUGGAUUGAAAAAUCUUGGCGGAACAUGUUAUAUGAAUUCUGUUUUGCAAUCAUUAUUAUUUACUUCAUCAUUAACAAAUUACUUUUUGUUGUAUGAAAAUACUCAAGAUAGUAUUAUGAACAAUUUAUCAGUUUCAACAGAAAUACUAGCUAGUGAAUAUUUGAAUUUAUUAUAUUUAUUAUAUUGCGGUGAAUAUACUGUUGUAACACCAGCACCAUUUAAACAAAUUAUUGGUCAUAUGCAUCAUACUUAUAUGGAAAAUCAACAACAGGAUGCACAUGAAUUUCUUAUAUUUUUACUUGAUUAUUUACAUAAAGAUUUGAAUAGAAUAAAAUAUACUGGAAUAUUAAAUAAAACUCCGGAAACCGAACAGAAUUCAAUUAAUCCAAUAAAUAAUCAUUCCAUUAUUGUUGACUUGUUCUAUGGUACCUAUCUAUCAACAACAACAUGUUUAGAUUGUAUGUAUACUUCACGUAAUUAUGAACCAUUUAUUUGUCUUACUCUUUCAAUUCCAUCAACAAAUCAAUGUACAUUAGAAGAUUGUCUUAAACAUCUCAAUGAAGAUGAAUAUUUAAGUGAUGAUUCAAGAUGGUUUUGCCCUGAAUGUCAAUGUUUUUGUAAUGGAAAAAAACGUUUAGAAAUUUAUAAAUUACCAAAAAUAUUAAUUAUUCAACUUAAACGAUUUCAAAUAAAUUAUGAAAUGGAUUGGAUUAAAAAUAAUACUCUUGUAAUUUAUCCUGAGGAUAAUCUUGAUUUACAUACAUGUUGUUCUUCAUCAUCUUCACAACAAUUAUCUUAUACACUUUAUUCAGUUAUUAAUCAUGAUGGUUCAUUAAAUGAUGGACAUUAUACAACAUUUUGUCGUGAUACUUUGCGUGAUCAACAACAAUGGUUUGAAUGUGAUGAUGAAAUAAUAAAAUAUUUACAUCCAGAUAAAUUAUAUUUAAAUUCAAAAGCUUAUCUCUUAUUCUAUAUGAUGAAACAAUGGAAAUUGAUUGUCCGACGUAUUUUCGAUUAUGUUCAACUCGAUGAUAUUGGUCGACCGUUUCUUUACGUCGAUGAUCAAAUUGAUUUACAUGCUCUAUAUCAUUUCAUGAUCAAUGAGUGGAAGUUAGAAACACCUAAUAUAGUUGUGCCUAUUUAUAGUUCUACCGCAAGUCACAAAUCAUUCAAAAAUGGUAAAAUGGUUGAAGCAUUAAAAAAAGGCAUUAGAAAUGUCGUAAAUGCAUCGAAAAUAUGGUUUAUAACAAAUGGCUUUGAUGUCGGUAUGCCCCAAUUAAUAGGGUCAGCUUUUCGUGAUGAAAUUUCAUUACGACGAGCUAAUGAGGCGUUAAAGAAAAAGUUGGAUCGAGAACAAAAAACAUCAACUUUAAUUGGAAUUGUUUGUGAAGAUGAAAUUAAAAACUUUGUUGAUCUGCGAUCAUCAAAAGGCAACUUAAAAAAAGAAUUAAAAAUACCACGAAGCAAAUAUGGACAAUUAUCAUUAAAUAGUGAUCAUACACAUUUUAUUAUUCUUCGUAAAUCACAGAUUGAUUUCAGUUCGGCAAAUAUUUCAGAAACAAAACUCACAACGACCGAUACUAAUGAUAAAUCGUUAGAAAAAAUAACUGCUGCUGCUCAAAGAGUUACAAAUAAAUUUCGUAAUCGCUUUGAAGCUUUUUUACAUCAAGAAGCACCACAAAAGCAAGCCACAACUCUUACUGAAUUACAACUAACAACAACAGAUACUCUACCAGCAGCAUCAAAUAAAGCUGACUCAUCAAAUGAAUAUGGUUUUCCAAUGAUAUGUAUUUUACUUCAAGGUACAACAGAAACAAUCGAACUUGUCUAUCGAAAAAUUCAACGAGAAGUUCCUAUUGUUGUUCUUAAAGGAACUGGAUCAGCUGCUGAUCUUAUUGCAUUUGCUUAUGAGGAAUUUAUUGCUAAAAAUAAAAAAAUAUCGGAAAAUGAUUUUUUUAAAGUAGAAUUAACUCAAUAUUUACUUGAUGAAUAUUCUGAAUUAAAAGAUAAUAAUUUUAAACGAAAUGAAAUUCGUAAUUAUGUUAUGUCGAUUGUCAAAGAAGUCGAUAAGGAGGGAAGAAAAUUUUUAUCAUUCGUUGAUAUCAAUAGUACAACAUCAUCAUUAAAUAAUUUUCAUAAGUUGAUUCUUUCAGCUCUGUUACAAGGCACGAAUACGUAUUUUUAUUCUCUUUGUUUAUUAUUAUUAUUUUUUUUUAAUUUAGGACAGAAACUUGUUAGUGUCAAGAAAACUGAUGUUACAUUAAAAUCAGAUCGUUUAUUAAAAAAGCGUACUGAUCAAUUAGGAGCUAAUCUUCGCUUAACACUUGAUUGGAACUUACCAGAUUUAGCAUUAUCAGAUAUUUUCCAACUAGAUGAUGGCAUGACAUUUUCUGUAACAGCAGAAUUAUUUGAUAUGGCCAUACUUGAAGAAAAUCUUGAAGCCUUCGUUGAUUUAUUUCUUGAUCGACAAUUUGUUCUACAUCGAUACUUAAAUUCAAAGAAAUUCAUUUAUUUGUUUAAGAAAGCAAAAGAUAAAGAUUUUUUCACAAUAACAUCACUUGAAGGACUUCUUGGUUUAUCAGGAGAUGAUGAAGAACUACCAGAAGAGUUUGUUGAAUCGCAUCUUAAUGAAAUUGUUAAACGUUUGACGGGUAUAAAGGAUAUUUUUAGUAAAGUUGAAAUGAAUUGUAAUGCUAUGGGAAUUUAUUAUGGUGAUAAAUCAGACAAUGGUGUUCAAAAGCGAAAGGCAAUAGCAGAAGAAAGAGCUCUUCAACAUUUAGUUAUUUAUGCUGUAUUAAUGAAUCGACAUCAAUUAGCAAAAAUUCUUUGGAAACAUUCGUCAGAACCUAUUCCUUUAGCAUUAAUUUGUUAUAUGAUGUUUAAAAACUUAGGACCAUAUUGUCACGAAACUUAUCAAAAAUCAUUAAUAAAAAAACGUGCCCAGGAAUUUUCGGAUUGGGCUGUAGGCAUUCUUGAUCAAUUAUUCCAUGAAGAUAAUGUGAGAAUAUUUGUAAUGCUUAGUGAAAAGAAUCGGAAUUGGAAUAAUAUGACAACUAUUCAAUUGGCUUAUCACGCUGGCAAUAAGGAAUUUGUGGCACAUGCUGUCUGUCAAAAAUGGGUUACAAGAAAGUUUUAUGGAAACAUAACACCACAGGAAGUUUCAUGGGGAUUAUUUAGUUUUCCAAAAUAUCUAAAAAUCAUAUUGAGUGCUAUUCUUAUAUUUCCAAUGUACUUUUGGAUAAGUUUUUCACCAAUCGGUAAAGCAUCUCCUGUAUCAGAAAAAGCAAGUGAUGUUUCAGAUGAUGUCAAACAAGAUGCAGAAAAAGAAUCAAAACUUAGUGGUUAG